UCCAUAAUAUUACUACUUCGUAUAAUAAAGCUUCAGAUAUAGAGCUGUGUAGCUUCUAGCUCUAUAUAAUAAGUUAAUAACCAGCUCCUUCAAUUCACAUUUCAGUAACAAGCUAGCUACAAUAUAAAUGAUGAGGGGAGCAGUAGCAGUUCUUACCCUACUCAUCAUCAUAACAAUUGUUCGUUGCGAACCACAAGUUCCAUGCUACUUCAUUUUUGGUGACUCUCUGUCCGAUGUUGGCAAUAACAACGACCUUGUUACCAAGGCCAAAGCCAAUUAUCCACCUUAUGGUAUUGAUUUUCCCGGUGCCAUUCCCACCGGAAGGUUCUCCAAUGGCCGAGUUUUCGUCGAUAGAAUCACUGAACUUUUGGAAUUCGAUAACUACAUUCUACCAUUCAGCUCAGCCAAGGGAGAAGAAAUACUCAAAGGUGUGAAUUAUGCUUCCGGGGCCGCCGGUAUUCGCUAUGAAACCGGACAACAUUUGGGUGAAAGAAUAAGCAUGUAUGAUCAGAUAAUGAAUCACAACGAGACAGUUGCAAAAAUUAAAGAGAUUGGUAAAACUUCAGCAGUGCCAAAGCUAGAAGAAUGCCUAUACACUGUCAACAUUGGAAGCAACGACUACAUAAACAACUACUUUAAGCCAGGAUACUACUACAUUUCGAGCUCCCUCUACAACCCUGAUGAAUUUGCUGAAGAACUAAUUAAUCAAUAUGCUGCAAAUCUCAAGAUUUUACAUUCUCUUGGAGCAAGGAAAAUAGCGGUGUUUGGACUUGGUCUCAUUGGGUGCAGUCUAGGAGAAAUAUACACCUUUGGAACAAAUGGAUCACUAUGCGUGGACAAGAUCAAUGCUGCUGUCCAACCUUUCAACCAAAAGCUUGUUAAUAUGGUGGAUGAUCUAACUAUGGAGCUUUCUGAUCUACAACUUACAUAUAUUGGUUCCGCAGCAAGUACUGACACAGGUUCUGCUAUAGCAGAUGCUCCUUGUUGCAAAGUUAGGGAUGACUUCCAGUGUAUCGAAUUCGAAGCAGCUUGUGAAGGCCGAAACAAUUACAUAUUCUGGGAUGGUUUUCAUACCACUGAAGCUGUGAAUGUACUUACAGGAGAAAUUGCAUACAGUGCUCUUGAUACGAAGCAUAUACAUCCAGUGGAUAUCAAAACUCUUGUUUCUAUUGAUCGAGAAUCAAUGAUCAACCAAGUGAAAAACAGUAUGUCUUCUCUUGUAAGCAGUGCAUAAGAACUACUACGUACAUUUAUUUAUGGGCUUCCACGUCUAAUUGUUGUUCCUUGUAUCCUAAAAACUAUCCUAAGCACAUUGUUGCAAACAAAUUGUGCAUUGUGGGUAUGCUAGUUAUAUGCAUGUUGAAACAAUGUUUCUUAAUAAAAAUCCUUGACGUUUAUCGUGUAUUAGAA